GCUGAUUGAAUAAACGCGGCCGUGGUCAACAAUACAACUUCCAGCAGUUUGUGCACGUCACCUGUAAAUGCAGUAUAAUCUUUAACAUGUAUGGGUACCAAUGAAUCAUGGCAAACGUAGAUGUCAGUCCAGGUAAAAUUGCAGGAUUUGGAAUUCCACUUCUAGAUUUCAUAGCGGAUGUAGAUGACAGAUUACUUGAUAGAUACGGUCUAGAAUGUGACAGUUCAAACCAAGCCACCGAAGAACAGAAAGUAUUAUACGAUGAGCUUUCACGUCAUCCUAGAGUACAGGUCAUUCCGGGAGGAGCUGUCCCCAACGCUCUUAGAAUUGCCCAGUGGCUUCUAGGUAUUCCUAACAUCACCAUGUCAUUUGGAUGUAUUGGAGACGAUGCGUUCGGCAAGAUACUGACCGAUAAGUCACAAUCAGAAGGAGUGUACGUCCAGUAUCAAGUCCACCCCACGCAACCGACAGGAACAUGUGCUGUACUUAUUACAGGACAACACAGAUGUCUGGUAUCAAACUAUGCUGCAGCCAAGCAUCUCUCAUCAGAUUUCAUUUUCGAGGAUGAGACUUGGAGGCAUAUCAAAAGUGCUUCAUGUUUCUAUCUAGUGGGUUAUUUCAUCCACACAUACCCAUCCAUAAGCAGGGAGUUGGCCGACUUUGCGCGAAGAGAAAACAAAGUAUUAACAAUGAACCUGUCUGCAGUGUAUGUGUGCGAACAGUCAUCUCAACUCUUAACGCAGAUGAUAGAACAUGCACAAUAUGUCUUCGGAAAUAAAGCAGAACUUCAAGCAUAUGCUAGUGCAUUGGAUUGGCAAGACACGGAGGAAUCAGUGAUGAUGAAAAUGAGUAGAAUUCCAUCAAAAACAGAGAAUCCUACAAGACAUGUCAUAAUUACUCAUAGUUCACAACCCACUCUAUGGUGCAAUGGUACCGCAGUGAGAUCGCUUGAAGUGCCAAGGAUUGCGGAGGAUAAGAUAGUUGAUACCUGUGGUGCAGGUGAUGCAUUUGUUGGUGGUUUUCUGUCCCAGCUAGUUCAGCACAAGACCAUUGAAGAGUGUAUACGAUGCGGUCAUUAUGCAGCUGGACUGUCCAUUCAACAGAGAGGAAUGACCAUUACAGGGUCACCUAGCUUUAGAUGACCAUUGGACAUUGAAAGACCAUUACAGGGUCACCCAGCUAUAGGUGACCAUUGGUCAUUAAAUUAAUAUUAAAGGGUCACCUAGCUUUAGAUGACCAUUGCUCAUUGAAAGACCAUUACAGGGUCUCGUAGCUUUAGAUGACCAUUGGUCAAUGACUUUUAAUGGGUCACUCACCUAACUUUACAUGAUCUUUGCUCAUUGAAUGAUUAUUACAGGGUCACCUAGCUUUAGAUGACCAUUGCUUUUUCAAUGACUAUUACAGGGUCACCUUGCUAUAUAGAUGAACGUUGCUAUUAAAAUGAAUGACCAUUAUAGGGUCACCUAGCUUUAGAUGACCAUUGCUUUUUGAAUGACUAUUAAAGGGUCACCUAGCUUUAGAUGACCAUUGCUCAAUGACUUUUAAUGGGUCACCUAGCUUUGACCGCUGCUCAUUGAAUGACUAUUACAGGGUCACCUAGAUUUUAAAUCACUGUUGUUCAUUGAAUGACUGUUAUAGGGUCACCUAGAUUUUAAAUCACCAUUGUUCAAUGAAUGACUAUUACACAGUCACCUAGCUUUAAAUGACCAUUGGUCAAAGAAUGACUAUUACAGGGUCACCUAGCUUUAGAUGACCAUUGCUCAUUGAAAGACUAUUACAGGGUCACCUAGAUUUAGAUGAUCAUUGGUCAUUGGAUGACUAUUAUAGGGUCACCUAGCUUUAAAUGACCCUUCCUCAUUGAAUGACUAUUACAGGGUCACCUAGCUUCAGAUGACCAUUGGUCAUUGAAUGACUACUACAGGGUCACCUUGCUAUAGAUGACCAUUAUUAAAUGAAUGACAAUUAUAGGGUCACCUAGCUUUAAGCAUGGUUCAAGCAAGACUACUAUUGCAUAAAUAGUAUAUUUUGAAAACAACAUCACCUCACAAAAAAUAUAUGUAUAGCUGUAUAAUCAACAUGCCCUACCCCAAUUUUAUGAUCUUGGCAUCAUUUUACUUGGAUAGGAAUUUUCUACACAAUGAAAAGAAACCAAUGUCGAUGAUAUCAUUUGAAUUGCAGGUCUCUGGUUGUGGAUUUAUGUUUGUCCACCCUGUACAUGUCAUCAUUGACCAUGCCGAGAGUUGCUUGCUAUUAUCUCAUCUACCUCAAAAUAUUUACACAUUAAAUUCCAGUAAAUGUCAACAUCUUUAUUCUUGCUUUCAAUUUAUUAAAGAUAUGUUACUAUAUUUGCA